UUUCUUAUAAAACCACCAUCCUGCUCAACGUUUUUGUUCUGAAGUGAUUCACAUUUGUUCCUUUCUGUGAAAGAAUAACCUUGCUAAUACUGUCAGUGGAACAGUGCCCCUUUAAUUAAAAACAGGAACAGAAACAGAAUCGGUUACGUUGCAAUGACUUUCUGCUGGCUGCACUAUCAACAGGAAGCCAGCUGGUUUGAAUAACAUCUUUUUGAGAAAUGGAAGCAGGAGGGAAGAUAUCCUGGCUGGAGGAUGAGCUCUCAUGCCCAAUUUGUCAGGAUAUCUUCAAGGACCCUGUCGCUCCCCCGUGCCAACACAAUUUCUGCUGGGCUUGUCUGACAAGCUACUGGAAGAAGAAAGGGAACUCUGAGUGUCCUGUUUGCAGGGAAAUGUAUUCCAUCAAAGAUUUAAAAUGGAACCGCACACUGGCCAACAUUGUGGAAUCUUUUCUCAAGGAGUUUACAAAAGAGCAGGAGGUCAGUCAGCCAGACCCAGUGUGUAGUCUGCACAAGGAGCUUGUGAAGCUGUACUGUCAGGAGGACCAGGAGGUGAUGUGUGUCGUUUGCCUGCAUUCAAAAAAGCACGAAAACCAUAGAUGUCGUCCCUUGGAGGAAGCAACUAAAGAGUCAAAGGAAGAGUUGAAGAUCCUGAUGAAGUCUCUACAAUCCAAGAUGGUGAAAUUCAGUGCAAUCAGAAAUGAGUAUGAGCUCACCUUAAAGCACAUCAAAAGCCAGGCUUCGGGAACUGAGAAACAGAUCAAACAGGAAUUUCAGAAGCUUCACUGUUUCCUUCACCGGGAAGAGAGGAUUCUCAUGAGCAAUCUCCAAAAAGAGGAAGAACAUCAUGUUCAGUUAAUGAAACAAAAAAUCAAGGAGGUCUCUGAGGAUAUUUCCUCAUUAGAAGCUACCAUUCAGUCAAUCGAGAGUGAGCUCAGUCAAAGGGACUCAGCCCUUUUCUUACUGAGUCUUCCAGCAACAAGGAAAAGAGCAAACUGCACGCCCCAGUGUCCAGAGACAGUCUCUGCCAUGAUUAAUGUCGGUCGUUAUGUUGGAUCAUUGCAAUACAAAGUCUGGAAGAAGAUGCUGAACAUGAUCAAUCCAGCCUCUGUGACCCUGGACCCAAACACAGCAGCUCCUUGGCUCUCUCUGUCGCAGGAUUUGACCAUGAUGGGAUACAGCCCCAACAAACAACUGCUGCCAGACAAUCCAGAGCGGUUUGACUCCUGUGUUUCGGUGCUGGGAUUGGAGGGGUACAGUUCAGGUCAGCACCACUGGGACGUGGACGUGAGGGGGCAGAGCAGUUGGUGUUUAGGAGUGGCCCAAGAAUCCAUCCAGAGGAAAGGAAUCAUCAAGGUGGAUCCAGAGAAUGGUUUCUGGGCCAUUGGGCUGAUGGAUGGGAAUGAAUACUAUGCGUGCACCUCACCUUGGCGCACAGAGCUCAGCAUUAAUCCCAAGAUCAUCCGUGUUUGUCUGGAUUACAAAGCUGGACAGGUGUCUUUUUAUAACCUUGAAGACAUGACCCUACUCUACACCUUCACAGACACCUUUACAGAGAAGCUGUAUCCUUAUUUCUGUCCGUACCUCCUCCAAGACACUAAUAACAUUUCACUCAUGAAGAUCUAUCCUCGGAAGGUACGCCAUCGAGAGCAUUCUGUCUGGAUCUGUCACUACCUGGUAUGGCAACUGUACCAUUCAAGAUCGGAGACGGUUACAGAGAGUGGUGAACUCGGCCCAGACAAUCACAAAGGCCAACCUCCCAUCUAUAGAAUCCAUCUACCAGGCCCUUUGUCAAGAAAAGACCGUCAGCAUUCUCAAAGAUCCAUCCCAUCCUGACAAUGUUUUUCUACAAACUCUACCAUUGGGGAGAAGGUACAGAAGCCUGAACACACACACCAGCCGGUUUCAAAACAGUUUCUACCCUCCUGUUAUUAGAAUACUGAAUGGACUCACAAACUCUUAACACUCGCCUGUACCUGUGUUUUUGUUUUUGCCGCUGUUUACCUAUUAUUUACUAUCUAUGCGAUUUAACUCUGUGAUCUGCCUGUGCUGCUCACAAGACAAAGCUUUUCACUGUGUCUCGGGACACGUGACAAUAAAUUCAGUUCAAUA